UGCCCGUGUGCGGCGGCCUUACGCGGUGUGAGUUCAAGUAUAAUCGAACACACUCCAAGUUAAAACAGAUUGAUGAAAAUAGCUUAUACUUGGAUAUAUGUUCCAAUGCAUUUCCAGAAUAACUGGUAACGCCGGUUACGUCAUAUCGUCAGAAUUUGGCCGCGUUCUUCAGCUUCGCGAUCGCACAGGUUGUGCCACGGCGCCGGCCACCAGUCCAGUGUUUGACCGAAAACGUUUCACCAUCGUAGUCUACGCCAAAAUUACCAAAGGCAGCAUCACCGACGACUGGGUAUAUUUAUUCUCUCUUCGCUCAAAAAACAGGGAUAUUCAAGUUCUCGUCAAUAAGCAGUCAAGGCAAAUGGAAUUCAUUUACGGUGAUCGGAACGUCGAUGUUUUUCAUCACCCAACCGCAGACAUCUUCAAGGAAAAUGGAUGGCAAAUCUUUGCGGCUGCUUAUGACUUUAAUCAGAAUAAAGCAACUUUGUUUGUAAAUGGUCUAGGGGUGACGGUGUCGCCCUAUGGUAGACAGUCGUUUUUUGACCCAAGGGUUAAGGAGAUGUUUUUUGGAAGUUAUGAGACACGGUUAUUGAUUUUUACUGGACCAAUCGCGAAUGUGGCCGUAUAUUCUCAUCUCAUGACGGGAGAGGAGUUGGUGAAGGGUCUCUCUAAUCAAAUACGCGCAUUACUAACGAAACCCAUAAACCUCCACCGAACGUCCAAAUCAACAGUUAUCAUGGGCACGAGGUACACCACAUUAUCUACACGCUCGAGUUUAGAGUGCGCCACCUUUUUACAAGCAGCGAGAUUAGAGUGCGCCACCUUUCUGCAAGCAGCGAGAUGCCGAAAUACUGGUGCAAUAUGUACGGAUUUUAUUUUCAAUACCUUUACUGGUGUUUGUGAACUGAAUAAAGACUCUUUAGAGAAAGAUCAAAAUGUGACUUUGGUAAGAGAGGAUCAUAUUGAUCGUUUCAUUUUCUUCAUGAAGAUUAAUCAUUCGAAAUUCAAAACUUAACCUCAAAAUUCAAAACAAAUUUCGAAGUUGAAAUUUUGACUUUGAUAUCUAUCGCAUAGGAGAAAUAGUGUGGGAUUCCUCUCAUUUGUGAGCUUGGCAGCAACCGGCCAACUUUUUACCUUGGCAGUGUAAUAUCAGGUCACAACAAAUGGAAAAUUUAAAAAACCAGGCAAUGUGGGAUGAUAUGGCAUUGACAAAGUCUGUGGUGACCUUGAACGUAUACACGUACGCAUAUUGGAGCAU